AAUCAAUCACCACCACCAGCACCAUCAUCAUCAUCAGUAUUAUUAUGUAAUCCAUUAAAAUGUAAUAAAUAUUCAUUAAUUUCGACAAAAAAUCAAUUAAACAAUAAUAAUAAUCGAUUAAUCAAUAAAUCGAUUAAAUUACCAAUGAUUGAUAAAUUGAUUAUUCAAAAUUCAAAUGAUAUUAAUAUAUGUAAACAAUUAAAACAAAUGAAUAAACGUAUCCAUGUAUAUUUAAAUAAACAAUUUAAUAUCAUGAAAUCUUUAAUAAUUAAAACAAAAUAUAUUAAAACAAUUGAACAUGUAUUACAAGAAUUAAAUAAUUUAUUUCAAAUACCAAUACAUAAAUUAUAUACAUUAGAUGGAAAAUUAAUUGAAACAUUGAAAGAUUUACUUGAUGGUCCUGAUGAAUUUGUAGCAACUGGAUUUGAACGUUUUCGACCAUUAAAUGAAAUGAAUCUGUUAACGAGAUGUUUUAGUCGUAGCUCAAGUCGUACAAGAAAUCUAACUAAAUCACCUACCAGUUCAAUGUUACCAUCUUCGAAACAAAUUCAUGAACAAUCCAAUAAAGGCAUCUGUUUAAAUGGUGGAUUUAUUGUCUGUCAGGUAUUUAUCAAAUCUGGUCAAUAUGAUCCACAAACAGGUGAAAUAUAUUCAUCUAAUUGUACAGCAAAUCCAACAAUUACAAUCUGUAAUAGAUAUCGAUCAACUCAACCUAUAUUACUUAGAUCAGCAUAUAUAUGUACAUUGAGUCCAAAUGAUGAAAAUGUGCAAGUUAUGCAAGGUAAUGAAUCAAAUGAAUCUAGUACAACAAAUAUUACACAAUUGGGACCAUUUUAUCCAGGGAGUAUUGAUUAUUUUGAAAUACCUUUAAAUGAUUUUAUGGAAAUCAGUAAAAUACGUAUAAGUCAUGAUGGUUCCGGUACAUAUCCUGAAUGGUUGCCAGAAGAAAUAUACCUAAGGCUAACACAAAAUCUCCCUAGUAUGACCGUAAAUCCACUCAAAUUUAACACACGAAAUUCUUCCUAUUUAACUAGACUAUUAAAUACUGAUGAAGAAAGUAAUUUAUCAUCAGGAUCUAUAUCAACAUAUGAAAUUUCUUUUCCAUGUAUGAAAUGGUUAUCACGUUUUAAAGGUGAUGGUAGUUUAGUACGUGAAAUUGCUGCACCUGGAACUCAACUACCUGAUCAAGCACCAAGACUUGGACGAAUAUUAAAAGUAUAUCCACUAGAUAUUACAACAUUAUUUCAACAAGAGGAAAGAGCUCCUGUAAUUCAAUAUCAAAUAAUAACAAAAACUGGUAAACUUUGGAAUUCAGGAAUGAAUAAUACAACAAAAGUAAAUAUCUUAAUACAAGGUGAUCAUGGUGAUACAGGUACAAGAAUUUUAUGGAAUGAAGAAAUAUCUAAAAUGAAUGCAUUUUCAAGAGGGAAAACUAGUUCAUUCAAUAUUGAAGCUGUAUUUCUUGGUCGAUUAAAAUCAUUAACUAUAUGGUUAGAAUCAGAUGAGAAUAGUAAUGAGACAAAUGCUUUAACUACUACUAAUAAUAAUAAUAGUAGUAAUAGUAGUAGUAGUUGGUACUUAGAAUAUGUAAUUAUUCAACAACUGUCAAUGAAUUCUUCUACGAAUAACUUCUCAAAUAUCUUCAAUACAUUAUCUUCAUCUCAAUCUCAUCUAUCCUCUCAAUCAUUUUCUAACAAUCUAUGUAAUGAUAUGAAUGCAAUUUAUAUAUUUCCUUGUUUUCAAUGGUUAACAACAAGGUAUGGUAUGAAUUCUUUACCAAUUAAAUUAAUACCAGCUAAUGGUAAUGGAAUACUGACAAUGAAUUUAAUUGAAACAAUUAUGGCACAACAAAAUGAGCAAAUAUUUUGGCAAGUUGAAAAAUGGAAAUUUAAACCAGGCACUAAAAUCAUUUUCUAUAGUUAUUUAACUGGUGCACCUAUGCGUAUAGUCGAUUCUAACCGUAUUGAUUGUCAACCGAUUGAUUCAGUGAAUGGAAUAUCAAAUCAAAGAAUUGGUGAAGUUUUUAACGUCUCUUAUGGAUUAACGAGUUCACGAUGUUCAAAAAUAUCACGACUAUCUCUGCGGCAACGAUUUGGUUCAGGAGAUUUAUUAGAUAAACGACCUAUAUCUAAUCAAGAUAUAGAAUAUUAUAAUAAAUUAAAUGAUAAUUUGAAAUCAACUACUAAUGUGAAUAAUCGUAAUAAAAGUACAAAAUGUAUUCGUUCAUUUUCAAGUGCACAAAAUCCAUGGCUUUCAAUGUGUUUAGAUGAAAUAGCUGGUCUCAAUUUAAAAAUUAGUUCUAAUUUAGAUUCACAAUGUUUCAACUUUAAAAUCCGUCCUCAAUCAGAACGUCUCAUUGCACUUGAAAUAAACAAAAAGAAUUCAUUACAAUCUAGAAAGAUCCAUGUUUACGUUGGACCAGAUGGUCGUGUUGUCAGCGGGGCAACAGGUCCUAUAACAAUUCCUGGAAAAUUAUUUCUACCGUAUGUAAAAGGUUGUCUAAGAGAUCAAACAAUAUUAUGGUUAUGUACAGAAAUUCAACAAACAUUAAUACCUGUUAUAAUUCAUGAAACUAAUUCAAACAAUUCUGAAGUUAAAAUCAAUCAUUGUAAAUUUGAUUUACGUGCUACAGGUGAACGUACAACUGAAGCCUAUUGGAGAGUUCAUAAAGUAGAUAAAAAUAUUAGACGAUUUGAAUCAGUUGCAUGGCCAGGAAAUUUUUUACGAGUUACAUCCGAUAGUGUAGAUGUUAUGGGUGGUGGUGGAAUUGAUUGUUACUUUCAAAUUAAUCGUGUUCGUUGUAAAGGUUUUCUUCAAUUAUCACCACUUGUGAAUAUUCAAAAAAUUAUUGGAAUGAAUGAAGAUGGAACAAUUACUUUAUAUGACAAAUAUACAAUGGAAGAAAAUUCACGUUUUUAUCCAGAAGUUAUUAAAUGUGGUUUCUCUAGUCCACAAACUCAGUUGAAUAGUUCAUGUUUAACAAAUAGAACAGUGAACCUAAAUCCUAAACCAAUCAUUUCAAAUUCACUAUUAGAUAAUGAUAAUGAAGAAGAUGAAGAGAAUAAGGGGAAUCUACAGAAAGAAUCUAAGAUUACAUCCACAAGACAACAACAACAACAACAACAGAUGUUAGAAUUAAUACAAUCUCAUAAUCAAACCGAUAUGGACACAACUCAAAGUGUAUUGGUUGAUGAUACAAACUCUAAUGGAAAUGAUUUGAAUAAGAUACAAAAUUUAGAUAACUCAAAUGAAAAUCAGACUAUGAAAGAUUCCAGUUGGAAAUUAUCUAUUUAUACAGAGAAAUCUGCACAAAACUGUGAAAUCAUCUUAUUUGUCUAUGGCAUAGAUGGUAAUUCAGGUCCAAUAUUAAUUGGUAGAUCAAAUGAUGACAAAGGAUUAUUUCAAGCAAAUAGGAUUGAUAAUUUCAUGAUUUUACUCGGAAAUAUCGGUCCAAUUUACAAGAUACGUCUAGAAGUGAAUCAAAUAAAUCCAGAUCAUGAUAGUGAAUGGGAAGUUGACAAAUUGAUAUUAGAAAAUAUCAAAACAACCAAACAGUUAAUAUUCAAUUUUAUUGGUCGACCAUUUGGAUUAUAUAACAAUUUUUAUUGUUUAUCUCGAGAACAAAUAAUGAAGAAGAAACAAUCAGAAGGAGAACAAGAAGGACAAGAAGGAGAAGAAGGACAAGAACAAAAAGGAGAAAGAGAAGAAUUCAAUUUAUGCCUUUUAAAUUAUCGUAUCCAAUUAGAAUUUAAUUAUAAUAUGAUUAAAACAAAUGAUCAAUUAAAUCUAUCAUUAGAACCAUAUAUUUGUUUAAUUGGACAAUAUGGUGAUAGUGGUCGUAGAUUAUUAGGUCAUAUUAUUAAUGAUAAACAAUUUAUUGUAAAUGAGAAAAGAAAUAUACUGGUACUUGAUACGUUGAUUGAGUCAGCUUAUCUUGGUGAGGUGACCAGCUGCUUUCUAGGUCCAGUUGAUAUUGAAGAACGAUCAAAAGAGGAACGUACUGGUUUAUUAUGUACUAAAAUUUUGAUAUGGGAUACAAAAAAGGAGGUGAUUUAUGAGAUCCCAUCAGAUACUUGGCUACUUUUUCAAAGAAAUGAACAAACACAUGAAAUUCACCUGGAAGUUGGUCAAAUACAUCACAUUGAAACUUAUGAAGAAUCUAAUGAAGUAUUCAAAUCUGAUGAAAUGAGUCCAGUGGACGAUCAACAUAAAGUCAAUAAAAACAUUUCAGAAGAUGUACAUUAUAACACAGAAGAUGAAUUGAAUAUUUUACGUGAUGCUCAACUUUUAGUAUCUACCAUAAUCAAGAAAUCGGAAAUGAACUUAAUGCUUUUUGAAAGUCAACGUAAGUUAGUUGUAACAACUAUGAUAUAAUCGAACAAAAAUUAAUAAUUUUGUAGCUUUAUUGCAAACUUUCUUUAAUCGAGCACAUACUGGUAUUAGCACCGACUAUAGUACUACUAGUGCUUGAAAAUGAGUGCACAAACCUGUAGACGUGUUCUAAUCAAUCAAGCACCUUUGAACUCCAAAAUACACAGCCUACGAAGCUGUGAAGUCAUUUUUCACUUGGUGUAUGUAUGAUCAACGUAACUGACGAGAUUUCUUGAUAUAGAUAAAAUUACCGUGCAGAAUUUGCUGUUUUCUUUUAGAAAUCUGAUCCCGAAACAAACACAUCGGAUUUAUUUUUGACAUGAGCUGUUGUAAUUUAACAUUACUGCGCUUUUCCCAGCGAUAAUGAUACAGUUGCACCCUAAUUCUCGAGAUUCCUCUAGCUAACGUUGAUUCGUGAUAAAAAUGGUAAAUGUGAAAAAGAUCAAGGUAGGAAACGUUCUAAUUUAUGGAUACACACACUAGGUUCAGGAAGCAACACAGGAAACCCUCUAUAACUAUAAUCAGUAUAUAUUGCUUUACCUAAUUCACGGAACUCAGAAUUCAUAAGCAGAUAGGAAAGACAUGAGAGUCGGUCCUAAACAACACAUACCUCUCAUUACUUAAUAGAUUGCUUAGUUAAUUUGAAAUAAAAAGAAAUACUGAUGAUUGCGAUUAUUUAAAUGAGUCAAAAUAACUAAUGACAUUUAUGUUUUCACGAUGGGAUCCGAGGUUUACAUAAAGCUAGUAAUUCAAUCACUUGCGCGGAAAAGCAUAUACACUGUUGGCCACUUCAUCGUCAACUUAGAAGAAAUAAGUUUUAACAUCAAGUGAACCUGAGAACUAGUGCCAGUAAUCAAGGAGCAGAAAUACACAAAAGAAACGACUUCCAGCUUCAAUGGGCAUGAAAGCAACACCAUGAUUGUUCAAACAAAUAAACAUGCAAAUAAAUGUUUCGAAAUUGAGUGUUUGGUCACAGAUACACUGAACAAUUACCGUGAAUUUAGAAUCAUAAUCAAAAGCACGAAUAAUUCAAGACUCCUGGACAGCUUAGUGUAUUUUAGAUACUAAAACGUAGUACGUAGCUUAACUCACGUCAUUAUCUGGGGAUGAACAUUAGAUCUAAUUCGUUUUUUCUUUGCUGAUUCCUUUCAGGUUAAGUUAUCACGAAUACAAGAUGAUUUCUCCAAACUGUCAGUAUUAUUUUUGCAUACUUAAAAAAGUAACAAAACCAAUACAAAUGCAGUUCAUAUUUCUUUUAUUCAAUUAUUUCUAUAUAGUUCCUUUGAUGUUAUGAUAAUACAUAUAUACGCAAUAAAAUAUGCAGAACGUUUAAAAUAACAAAAA